AGGAGACGUCACUUGGUACAGCUCAACCCAUGUGUGCUGGCAGCAGCCUGCAUCAGAAAUGUUCCAGUGUCAAGCAGCGCAUCAUCUCAUCCAAGCAGGAGUCGGGGGCAGCAGCAGGAGGUGGAGCGGCAGUGGGAACGGGCGUAGCUGCAGGACAGAGAGCCGAGGAAGCAGAUGGCACGGAGGUCCAGAACAGUGAUGUGUCAGAGGGCCAGACAGAGCCCAGUCCGGGGGGAGGGGGGAGGAGCAGAGCGGGUGGAGGGGAGAGGAGGAAUGGCAGGAUAACCAAACCCUCGCUCCUCCCACAGAGCAGCAUGGAAGUGUCCUCAUCCACCUCCACCAACCAGGUGGAGGUCCCAGACACCACCCAGAGCUCACCACUGUCAAUCACCAGCGACAUGGCUGAUAGCCCCGCCCUCGCCAUCGGGGCCGGCUUGUCACAGAGCACUGCUGUGUUCAUGUCUGAGGUCACCACGCUGACUGGGGAUUCGGUGUACUCCACUGGCCACACCCACCUGCUGGGAUCCGCCCAUGAGAGCACCACCGCCAACAUCCUAUUGGCUGUUGCCCCCGAAAACCAGAGGUUCGCUUCGUUUCCGGGUGGCGUGGGCUUAGGAGAGGCGGGAGAGUUGGUUCUCUCCAGCUCUCUAGACACCACUGGAGGAGUCAGCCUUCCUGAGACAACCAUGACCUUUGACCCCGACUGCUUCCUUAACAAUCCCAAGCAGGGCCAGACGUACGGAGGAGGCGGAGGGAAGGCUGAGGGGUGUAACGGUGACGAUGGAGGUCUCCACUGCUCCCCUAACAGCUUUGUCUACAACCAGGCCCUCGUCAACAACAUCAAGACAGAACCUGCACCACUGGACCCGCCAAUGGCCCCCCAGAGUAGCUACGUAGGGGAAGGGACCGGCCUCAGCCCCAGCACCACCCUGGAGCAGAUGGACUUCAGUGCUGUGAUGUCAUCAGCCUGUGUCCCGAGUCUAACCCAGAUCUCCCACCACCCGUCCCCAGGCCUCUUCCUCCAGGGCUCCCCGCCGACAGGCCAGCUGCAGACCAACGGCACAGAGGCAGGGCAGGAGUCAGACGAGGCCCAGGCUUACAUCAGCCUGCCCACCGUAGCGACAGACACUCCGGUAACCAACGGAGACCCGCAUGCAAACCUCCACCAAGCCAGCCCAGACCAGCAGGGCCUGUGUGGGAGGAACGGACACGGAGCGGCGGUGGGCUCCUUUCCUCUGACGCCACAGGAAACAAACGUGGACCAGUCAGGCGGCAGGGGGCAUCGAGAGGUCGGGGGCUUGGAGAAGGCUUCUGAGAACGGAGGGGAGCUGCUACUCAAGCCCGGGGAUCCUCACGAGGCCUACACGAGCGUUGACACCGAGCACUACCUGCAACCUACAGAUGACAAUGGCCGAGGAGAGGAGGGCGGGGGAGGUGGAGGAGGGAGGGGACAUCUCUGUAACGGUGUUAGCUUGUCAGGGACCAGCAGUUCAGUGGGGGCCAGUCCUCAGUCUAUAGCUGCUGGUGUGAGCAUGGAGGGGGCGCUCUAUAGCUCUUCUCUUCCUCAGCAGGGUGGGGGGGGGUCAGCUACAACAGCUGGGGCAGGGGCGGCCAUCAGUCUGGAGGGAUUCGAGGCUUCCUUUGGUAGCCAGUUCUCUGAUCUCAUCAAUGACUUCAUCUCAGUGGAGGGGGCUGGAGGUGGUGUGGCGGCAGCUGUGACCGGGGUCCUGAUGCCCCAGGAGGGGGCAGCGGGGGAGGAGCAGGGCUCAGCAGCAGCCCACCUGCAGGGCUCCGAGGUGCAGCAGGGGGCUCUGGGGCUGCUGCAGGAGACUGGGAGGCUGUUUGGUGUGACAGACUACUCCCCAGAAUGGUCUUAUCCAGAGGGCGGAGUGAAGGUGCUGAUCACAGGUCCAUGGUUGGAGUCGAGCAGUGAGUACAGCUGUCUGUUCGACCACAUCAGCGUCCCUGCUGCCCUCAUCCAGCCCGGGGUGCUGCGCUGCUACUGCCCAGCCCAUGACACAGGACUGGUGAUGCUGCAGGUAGCUAUGGGUGGUGAGGUCAUCUCUUCCUCUGUGGUGUUUGAAUACAAGGCCCGUGACCUUCCUGCCCUGCCAUCUUCUCAGCACGACUGGCUGUCCCUCGAUGCUUUGUGUAAAAUAGGAAAUAAAGCCCAAGCAUAG